AGUCAUCAUCAGACCCUCGUUGGUGCCGGUACCUGAAUAGUACCAUAGCCGGUGUGUACCACUUCAAGGUCACCCGUGAAUAGAGAAAUAUUACCAUCCAUCGUGAAAUUGAUGUGUUAACUCUUUAAUAUUGUGAUAUUUAAGUUAUUUGUGUACGUUUUAAAAAGAUUUGUGAGUUUGGAUACUUAGUAAAUGUGUGUGUGGGUGUUACGUGGAGUCUGAAGUUAAUUUAGUGCUUUUUGGAUUGAUGCAAACGCAGAUGGUUGACAUCAAAUUCGAGGUUAGAUCGGAUACAACAGGGGCCAUAGAUUAUUGAUGAAAGAUUACAAGCUAAUGGCUUCGAGACUUGGAAAAAGCCGCAAUUUUCGGCACUUAAGACCGUUUCAGUCUUUAUCCACAAAAUGAUGCCAUCUAGAUCGACUCCAAAUCUUAAAGAAGCUAGUAAUAAAUCAACAACCUCUAUUUACGCAUAUCUCGAAGAUCAGUCAGGUUCAAAUUUCACUCCGUCGACAGUAAAUGAUCAACGAACUUUAAGAGAUGACGAGUCUCCACCACCUGCGCCACCCGUUAGAGAUUCUUCCAGUCUCAAAUCCAUCAACUACGGACCUGGACACGAAAAGUUUCCGUCGUGGCCUGUGCCUGCCGCUGCGGAAACUCCACAGGCACUUCGCAACCAAAACAAUGGUGGUUCGCAUAGGUCAAAGUCAUGGACAGACCAUACCAAUUAUCCUAAAGAGAAGGUAGUAACGUACACAAGACCUUAUAUGAAAAGACAACAUUCAGCAUAUACUCAACAGAAACUCAAAACUGUUAUGGAAAAAUGUGAAAAAAUCCCACCAGAAACCUUUGAAUCUCGUUACGAUAAAGUAAAUGAUAGAAUAUUCUUGCCAACCGUAGACCAAGACGGAAAAAUUCUGGGCGAUAUGGAUUACAUGGUGCCAUCUCCUCCUGAAAGGGACAUCUCCACCAAACCUCAACUAACUCAAUCUGAGCUAGAAGAAUACGCUAGAUCAUACCAAGAACCAAAAUAUUGCGAUGAAAAUAUCAAACCUACUCAUGGAUUGAUCGAAUCAGGUUUAGAAGAGUUUAUGGAAUACACUCGUAAUUACGAAGACUCGCUCUUUGAUCCAAUGAACACUAAACACGAUGGAAAUAUGUUGACGCACAUUCACCAAAAACAGAUCUCAUACGCGCAGUCCGAAGGAUAUCAUAGUUACGUUUCAAGCACAGAUUCGACUUCCACACCAUUUUUAGAUAGAUUAAGAAGAGAUAGCGAAGCAGUAGUUAGUAGACCCAUGUCUUCCAAUACUUGGGAUGAAAUAACGCCUGAAGAUCCAAGCAUUAGAAGCGAGGGGCGAGAUAGUGUUGUUACGACUAGUUCGGGCAGUGCUUCCUCUAGUGAAACUCUCAAGUGGCACGGUUCUAUGAGUGACGUUUCGGUGACUUCUCAUAGUAGUUCUCAUCAUAAUUCGAACAGUACAACCAGACAAUUGAUAGCACAUAGUGCCAGAGUACAAACGCCACAGAGACAUCAUUCGGAAAGCGUUUUAUAUAUGAGCGGAGAAAAAGAGAAUUCGUGGAAAGACAAAGAAAGCAGAAACAAUAACGCUAAUAAACUAAAAUUGUUCCCUUUAAACACAUACACAGUGCAAGAGAGUGAGCAUCAAAAUACCAGCCUACCCAAUAAUUCUAGUAACAGGUUAUCAAUAUCACUUCAGUCGGCGUUGUCGGUGGCCGAUCGAAUAAGCGAAUUAGAAAAACAACAUAAAUACUCUUAUUACGAUCCAGAGAAGAAGCACAGAGUUCCAGAUCCGACACUUAAAGCUAUACAAAAAAAGGCUUUAUUAUCAUUUUACGAAAGACAUAAUAAUCCGAAUAGCAAAAGUUCUUGGAGAUCCGAACCACAAUUAGCUCAGGUUGCUUUGACUCUGCCGCCACCUCCACCGAAAAUAAAAGUACAAAUGCCAUCGAGACGAGCUUCAUCAGCAUCGGAUUACGCUUCUGGAGGUAACUCGAAGAGAAGUAGCUUAGCAUCUAGUUUAGAAAAGGCUGACAGCUUCUCUAAGAUCAUACCGCGUCAUCAACACAGUAAUUCUUGUGGAAGUCUGUCAACUGACAUGCUUGGACCUAUGAUAAUAGGACCAUCCAUAUCAGUAGACGAUUACGUACCCGACCUUCCUCCUGCUAGACCACCUAAAAAUCCAAGCCUGCGAAACGCAUUUCCAGAUUUAUUUCUGGAUCAGAGAGUCCCAAGUCCAGAUCUACCACCACCUUCACCUCCCACUGUGCUAGAAAAUGAAGUGUUCAACAGCGACGAACCUCUCCCCCCUCCACCUCCUGAAUGCGAGCCGGACUGGCAAGAGGCUUUUAAAGACCGACUACGAGAGAACAGUACUGGUAACCAAGUACCAGCACCACAAGUACAAAAGAAUUCUAAGAAAGAAGCAAAAGUGAUUCAACAGACUGUUGGUUUACCAGAAAGAUAUCUAAGGAACUCGUCAGUACGUUCAUCUAUUAAAACCAAGUCCACUGAUCAGAUAUUUCAUCAAGUGAACAGCAAACCUUAUACCAGCAGACAUAUUGAAACACCAACUAGUAAACCCGAUCAAAUACUAGGCUUUCCGAAUCAGAGGGGUUAUCAAGAGAGGUCAAGUACCAGGUAUCCCAGUAAUCAUAAAUUGAGUAUGAUUGGAAACAUAGCUGCUAGUCAAAAAGUAAAUGGAGUAUCAGAGCAAUGUAGACCAGAAUCCCUAGGAUCUCAAAAUAGACCAGAAAGUAAACAAAUCAAGAUGACUAGCGAAACUCAUCGGGCACAAAGAGCUUCAAUAUCAGAAAGUCCAGGAAAAGAGACUCCACCUCCACUACAACCAAGACAGAUGAGGAUAAAUCAAUCAAUGAGGGCUAGAAUAUCAACUGAACAUAAGUUGGGAUCAAAGGAAGAUUAUAGAGAACAAAGAUCUUCAUCAAUAAGCCAAUCUAAGGCGUCCUACUUAACAGCACGACGAGAUCGCGAUCGGAUUAUUCCCGGAUCGGAAAGUGGCAGCUAUAAAAGAACAAUGUCUCCUAACGGCCACGCCCUUCCUCCAGAGCCUGUUAUCAAUGAUUCCCAAAAGGCGAGAGAGACAUUGUGGCCAUCACAUAGGCUUUCAAAAAAUAAUAGUAUACUAAGAAGAGCCUCCAUGAAUGAAAAGAAGAUAGAAAAAUGUGAUGAAAAAGAAGAAUUGAAAAAGAAUCUUGUUUUACCAGACGUUUUACCGGUAAACGUGAAGUUGAUGGGGCCUAGAUCUCAAUAUAACAGGCCUUCACAAAUGAGUCUUGUUUUAGACAACAAUCCUAACAUAAUUUCACCAAAGUCUACAACAAAAUCACAACCCUCUUCACCACCAAAGAGCCCUUCUCGAAAUUCUCCUUUAACACCAUUACGUACUACUACAUUUUCAACAACACCACCCCCUCCUAGCAUCGUAACUUCUUCUCCAAUAACAACCUUACCUUCAUCGAGGUUUUCGAUUAGCUCUGUAGGUUCACCUUCUAGUAUUCGUACACUUCCAGCAACUUUACCAAGAGCACAUAUAAGUCCCAGUAGAGAAUCAAAAACAAUAGUGACACCACCAUCCUCUCCGAAAAGAACUUCGUCAGGAACUCCCAAAUCUCCACGUCGAAAUUCCCCACCAAUCAAACCAACACUUUCACCUAGUUCAUCUUCAAAGUUAUCACCGGUUAAAAUACCAAUAUCUCCUAGUACUUCACUUUCACAGUCUCCAAGUCCUUCAUCCUCCUCACCCAAUAUUCCACCAGCCUCCAGUUCCCCUCCACCUUUAACUUCGACACUUGUAUUAAAAGAUGACUACCCCCAAGUCAUUGAAGGACUUCAGCUGAUCCAAAGAACUGAAGUUGUCUUGAGAGUGAAUGCUACGACUACGGAUGCUUCUUCUCAAACAGAAAAAGAGGAAUUACCUCCUACGCCUUUGCCUACGAGGAAGAAGUUGAAAGAAGAAAUCGAAUAUGAGAAGUUAGCUGAGGAUCUGAUCGACCACCUGCCUAGUUCAGAUAGAUUAAAAGAACUUUUGGUACCUUUACCUGAACAUAAGAAGCCAUCAGAUUAUGUACAAGGACUAUUUAGAGUGGAUGUAACCUCUAGGCCUAGACCUCUUAAUUCACCAUUCAGAAGUAAAAAUAAUACUCCAAGUAGUACGCCCCCUCCCACGUUAACAUCGCCAGUUAACAGUGUGACGACGACUGCUGUGUCCUCUGCCACAUCUAAAUUUAGGUAUGUAAGCUUGCCAGUUUCUUCUCCUAUAUCACCAACUGAACCAACGAGUCCAUUAUCAGGUUCAUCUACUUAUUUCACUACAUCUGAACCUAAAGCCAAACUUCUCACAAGGUACAGCCAAGACAUGAAGAAUUGUCAUAUUCUCAAAAAUACCAAAGAUCUUAGUCAAAAGAAGGAAGAAUUAGUUAGUCGAUUAGAUAAGAAACUCGAGGUAUUACGUAGUGAACAGCUAAUCGUCGGGGACGAAUGCAGAAUUAACGACGAACUCGGCGAAAAUGUCGAAGUACACAUCAACAGGGUAGCCAGGCCUUACGAAGUGGCGAAAUUCAGAUUACAUGUAGAAGAAAUUGGGAAAAUCACUAGUCUUUUAUUAAGUUUAUCAGGAAGAUUGGCCAGGGCGGAGAAUGCAUUGAUGGGGAUGUCAGAUGAUGAUCCAGAAAGGAGAAUUUUAGAAGCUAAACGAGAUAAACUUCUUGAUCAACUCGAAGAAGCUAAGAAAUUGAAAGAAAGCAUUGACCGAAGAAGCGUUAACGUAUCAAAUAUUCUUUACAAAUACUUAAAUUCUGAAGAAUAUGCUGAUUAUGACCACUUCAUUAAUAUGAAAGCUAAGUUACUGAUGGAUUCUAAGGAAAUAUCAGACAAAAUAAAAUUAGGAGAAGAGCAACUUUUAGCUCUAAAAGAGACCCUUAUUUUCACAGACUGAUAUUGUGUUGCAUGAAUAUAUUGGUUAAUUGUAUACGUGUAAUAUUAUGCUUCUAUUAUUAUUUUAUUAUUAUUCGAGUUUUAUCGAAUGCCUAGUCCAGUGACAUUAAAUUUGUUUUAAAACGUUUCUCCAUAGAGUAGUCCAGAUUGAGGAAAGCUGUUAUUGUGAAAUGGAAUAUUGUAUGUAAUCUAAUAGAUCAACAAUUAUAGGGGAAAUAUGUAAUUGUUCAAAAUCAAAGUUCUUGUUCUGUAAUUUGAUCAGCUUAUUUCUAAAUAUAUAUCUCCGAUAUGAGAAACAAGAGAUCUUGCUAUCAAAUGAAUGAAUUGAAUCAAUCAAUAUCAAAAAUAAGAGAAAUUGCUUUUAAUUAUUUUUGAAUUAACUAAGGUGUUAACAAAAAUAGUAUCUAAAAUAAUACAAAAAUAACAUUUUUCUUGGUAAAGUUCAUUAUUUAAUAUAAAAUGAAAAUUUAGAAUGUUUUCUUUUUUAGACAAAUAUUAUUUAUUUUUUUAUAAAUAUUUGCAAUAUUUUUGGCAAUCUACAUCUAACAUCAUAUUAGCUUUUCUGCUAAAAAUUGUUGAUCAUUUGGCAAAAACUACAAUAUCUAACUCCAAAAUCAAUUUUCAUUUUUUGGACCACCUUUCAUUGUUUCUAUAGAAUUAUUGUAUAAUAUACGAUGGAUAUCUCAUUUAAAUUGGCCAUCUUAGAAAAAUAGUGAAAAUGGGUAUUUUAUAUUGUUCCUUUUAACGGUUUUAUUCUCUCAAUAUGAAUUAGUAUAUUAACUAACAAACCAUCGCUUUCCCAAUUUCUUCUUAACACCAUAAUUAAUAAAUCUGCAGUAUAUACACAUGAAUACAUUCUGAAUUUAUUUGUUAAUGCCCAAUAACAUUUUUACUUUUUCUCUAUCUUCCUAUCACAACAUGUGAAUGUUCAAAUAAAUUAAUACAAAGAAAGAGUUUUCAACUGUUUGAAAAGUGCAAAUGAAACUUUGGUUAAUAAGCGUCGUUAUUUUUAUAAAUUUUUUAAAUGAAAUCAUAAUUUUCUAUUACCGUACAUGAUUCAAGGAUAUAUUCCUAGAAUUUUUUGGUUAUCAAUGUCUUCACUUUUUCUCAAAUCAUUUACCUUGCCCCGUUUGUUUUACAUAAUCAUUUAAUAUUCUUCAAACACGUCAUCCAUCUCCUUCAAUACUUUCAUUUUUUAAAUUCUUUGUUAUAGCUUACUGAAUUUUCAUAUUGAUAUCUAUAAAGCUCUUUUAAAAAUAAUACUUUCAAAUAUUUAUUAAAUUUCAUCUCUAUCAUGUACAAUAAAAAUUUGCACAACAAAAACAAAAACAUUCUGCAUUAAACAAGACGCUCAAAUAUUUGAAUAACAAAAGUGAACUGACACAACGAAGUUGACUGGUAAUACUUCAAAGUUUGAAGAUACCUAUCAAUUUGCACCAAAAUAAAAAAGUUAAGCCACAGUUAACAAUCAUGUAAUUUUCCGCCACUUGCUUAGACUUUCGCACCAGAUGUCAGCCGUAUUCUGGUUGACCUAAAACAAUUGUUCUAUUUCACUUCCCAAUUCAUUUUUAAUGAUGAUUUCACUUGUUAUUUCCUCAUAAUAAUGAAAACACCUACCGACACCCGGCGAAAGGUUAAUUGAUGUUGAAACAUGGUAGUUUCAUACUAUAUUUUAAUAUCAAUUACGAUAGAACUGACUCCACCUUUGGUUCCUUUCAUAUAAUUCUUCUUUCACUCAUGGUCAUUCAUUAACGUAAACAAAAUCGAUUAUGAAUAAAACUAGACAUUUCAAUUCUAAUUAAUUAGUUGCAAGAAUUUGAGGCUCUUUUAAAGUAAUCUAUCAAAUUGCUAUUUUCUGAUAUGGCCAAAAAUAUUCUUGUUGAUGGUUUUUCAAGUGUUCAGCAACUCUAAUAUUUGAAAAGACCAAGUGUAGGGUGUACCUCGCAACAUGUUAUCAAAAUAAGAGCUUUUUUACUAGUGUAAUUUUGAUAAAAGAGGAAGCCUCUUACCAUUUCACGAAAUGACUAAGAUGGUAAUAUCCCAACAGAGUAGGCUGUUAUCAAGUAUUUAAUGUGAUUUAAGUCUCUAAUACUUUUCCGUGAACAGUUUUUUAAAUUAUUUUAGUGAAUAAUUACUAUAUUAGUUAUCAACUGAUAGAAAAUUCAUUGACAUGAAAAACCUACUUUUGGUAAUAUCCUUUUACUGUUCUCCGGGUUUUUCUAGUUACAUCAUUCUUUUUCUGUUCUUUAAUACAAACAACGAUUGUUUGAAAAGAUUGAAAAUACUAAAGAAACUCAUUCAACUUAAUUAAAAGAAAAUAAAUUUGAUAUUUGUUGUCAAGGAAAAUUGGUAAACACUACACAAGUAAAACCAAAAACUUUUCACUGGGUAAAACUUGACGAGACUAAUUACAUAUAAAUUUAUUUUGUGCAUUUUUUAUUAGUUUAUUGUUUAGUGCAUAUACCAGAAUGUCAUAUAAAGAAGGCAAUUCCCCUACUGUCUCAACCUAUUUAUUUUCAUUUUAAUUGUUAAUAUUGAAGGGGAGUGUAUUUGUAUAUUUUUUAUAUGAUAAUCUGAGAACAUCUUCCUACCAAGUAUUUAAUAUAUAUUUAGUUUUUGUAAUAGUUCAAAAUUUAUGUGCAUAAUAUAAUUGUGACAUUUUUAAAUUAUCAAUUUUUGUUUGUUAACACUAUAUAACUCCCAAAAGCUUCCGAAAGUCGGUGCUUUAGAUGAACUGCUGUGAUCUUUAUCUAAUUCUUUGAAGAAUCUAUUAAGAACUUGUAAUCUGGUGCGCCUUAAAUAAACAAAAACAUUACAUUUUCAAUUUGUACCAAUUUUUAAUUAUUUCCAGCUAUCUUUUUAACAUAGAAACUGCAAACUGAGACAUAGAAAAUAUAGAAAAUACAUGGAGCUCUGAAUGUAAUAUUUAUUGCUCCAAUGUACAUGGUACAUUUCAUAUAUUUGACCAUCAUCAAAAUCUAAUAUUUCAUAAUAAUGGAUAUCUGACCACUAUAAUCAACUGAUAUUAUACAUUAUACUACCAGUCUCACACUAUAUUAACCUCGAUAUUCAAAGACGAAUUUAGGGCAAGUUAAAUAAUAGGUUUAAAAAAUGUGUUUAUCUCAUAACUUUUGUGGGCUGAGUUCCAUGUAGAUAAUUGUAACGUCAGAUAUAUUUGGAUUCCAGUCUUAUACUAAAUAAAUAACAAAAAUUGAUACAUUUGGAAAUUGUCUCAGAAUUAUAACUUGUGAAUGAGCAGACUAUUUUGUAUAUACUAAAUAAUGAAGAAAACGAAUUUUGUGGUGCUCUGUAAUUUGUAAUAUUGAAUAUCAUAAGUUGUUGCAUUGUGAUUUAUUAGUAUUGAGAAGACCUAUCGUCUUUAUUUUCUUAUAUAUUUUUCAUUUUAUUGUAUAAGGACAUUCACAUUUUUUAUUUGAAUAGACUAUUUUUUUGAGCUUAAGCAGUGCUUGCAAUAAAUAACCAAUCAUAGAUAA